AUGGACCUCUCCAUGUUUGAUAUAGAGAGUGAAGGAGACAUGAGCGGUUAUGAGAGCGAGAACGGUGAUGGUGGUGAGAGUGCGGAUGAGGAUGAGGAUGAAGAUGAUGAAGAAGGCCCAGAGACAAG